AUGGCUAGAAAUUUUGAUGAUAUGUUCAAUGAAGCUUUGUAUGGCAAAAGAAGACGGCAAGAUAACACACUCAUAGAUAACUGGAUCGAUGAGUAUUUACUCGAAGAUUCAGAAGAAGAAGAUAUCGAUAGAAGCCCUAUCCCAAUUACUCGUAGAUGGAUCAACAGAGAUCGAGAAGCAGGACAUGAUCGCCUUUUCCAAGAUUACUUUGCAGAUGAACCGAGGGUUGAUGCAACUGGAAGAAGAGGCUUGUCGCCACUUCAGAAAUGUACCGCUGCAAUACGGAUGUUAGCAUAUGGCGUUGCAGCUGAUGCUGUUGAUGAUUAUGUGCGCAUAGCAUCUUCAGACCUUUGGAUAUGGCAUGCGUUCUUUGGAGUUUCUGGUUCAAAUAAUGAUAUCAACGUGUUAGAUCGUUCUCCAGUAUUUGAUGAUAUUCUAAAUGACCGUGCUCUGGAGGUAAAUUAUACUAUUAAUGGUAAUAAUUAUACAAUGGGAUACUAUUUAGCUGAUGGUAUUUAUCCUGAAUGGGCCACAUUUGUCAAAUCAAUCUCAAAGCAACAAGGUGAGAAACGCAAGUUAUUUGCACAAUACCAAGAAGAGCAAAAAAAAGAUGUGGAACGAGCAUUCGGAGUGUUGCAAGCACGCUUUGCAAUUAUACGUGGUCCAGCUCGUUUUUGGGAAAAGAAAAAGCUUGCCAACAUAAUGAGAGCUUGUAUUAUAUUGCAUAAUAUGAUUGUUGAGGAUGAAAGAGACAGUUAUGCAGGAAAUUUUGCUCAAGGCUUAGAGUAUGAUGAUGUUGAAAAUGGCUUAUCACAACCUCAGCUGGGAGAGGAAGAUUUUGCACCAUACCAUCAAUUUCUCCAAAGAAAUGCCCAACUUCAAAAUAGGCAGCAGCAUAGACAAUUGAAGGAGGACUUGAUUGAACACAUAUGGUGGGCCAUAAAUAGGAACUGGAAUGAGUUCUCUACUGGAGAUGGUCUUAAUUCCCGUGAAGGAAUUGCAUUUCUCUUCACUCCAACGCUUCAAAGUCUUUCUUUGUCAGAGAAGGGACUCUAA